GGAUCAUCGAUUAUAUUUGAAGCUUUUUGAUAAAAUAUGGCCCUUUUAGUUGAGUAUUUUUCACAAUGUAAAAGAAAUGUUUUUCAUUUUCAAUUUGAUCAGAAUUACAUACAGAGCAGUAUCUCUCAUUUCUGGGAAUAUUAAGAUGUCUCCCUCUUUCAAUCAUCAGAUUAUAAGCACUUAUACGGAUCUUACAUAUUCAGCUCUGUCACUUCUGUUUUUUAAGAUAUCAACAUAGGGUAGUCUUCGACCCAUUAUGUAGACACUCUUGAAAAAGUCUAUCUUUCUUGAUUCAAGUAUAUGGACGAUGUGGCGGUAUGGCCGACAUAUCCUAUGGACGACGUGGAAGUAUGGCCGUUGCGUCUCAAAUGCUAAUUUACUUCCUUGUUCAAUUUCUGUCGAGCAGAUAAAGGUGUUUCUACAAUAAAUAGCAAUGCCUCUGGCGAAAGACAAUGAAUUGAAGAUUACGAGCAACUACGAAACCAUCAUAAAUGAACUGGUAAUUGUUGAUAUAUUAGAUCAUAUGAUUACUAAAGGAAUAUUUACUAUACAUGAUUCGGAAAAAAUAAACGCAAAAAGUACACAAAAAGAUAAGAACAGAGAAUUUGUAACCAUCCUUAUUAGAAGUAAACCAGCGGGGUAUAAAGAAUUCCUCAAGUCUUUACGUAAAGAUGAAAAAGCGUAUGAAUCUAUUGCAGACCAGAUAGAGAAUACAGUUGAAGAAGAAGAUGAAGAUGACGAUGAAACACGUGAGGAAUGGAUUGGAAACCGAAUGCCACCAGGAAAAGAAAACCAAUAUUUAAAAGAUGUUCACCUUUUGUACUUUUGUAAAGCAAUAGCUCCAGCACACUUAAUAACGUUUGGAACAUGUCUAGGAUUUGAACAAGGAGAUGUUGAUGGCAUACAAUAUAAACAUCAUCGGGCUUCAGAUCCUGCAUGUCAUGACCUGCUGGUUAAAUGGAGGAAUAAGUAUGGACAUGGUGCAACUGUAACAAGGCUUAUGGAUGUUUUUUUCUCUGCACAUCAGAAUACACCUGAAUCUAUUUACGAAAACAAAAUUUGGGACGCUCUUAAAAAAAUUUAAUA